CCUUCUCUUACACAGUGUGGACAGCACUGACUUGAAUCAGCCGCUCAAUCUACUGCUCGUAACAGGCGGGCGGGGCAGUCAGUCAGUGAGUGUCGGGUGGACUUUGGCUACAAACCCGGUUGAUUUCCUGCUCCCCCUUCCCCGCACACCCCCCCCCCCCCCGGCCCUGACUCGGGGCUAUGGCGGCGCGCAGACCCUUCGACCUGGUGGUGUUCGGCGCCUCCGGCUUCACCGGGCAGUUCGUGGUGGAAGAGGUGGUCCGGGUGGCGUCUGAGGCGGCUCAGCUCCGGCCCCUGACCUGGGCCGUGGCCGGCAGGAGCCGCGGGAGACUGCAAGAGGUGCUGGAGAGGCUGAGCAGCCGCCUGGGUAACACAGACCUGAAGUCCGAUGUUUCUAUAAUCAUCUGUGAUGUAAAUGAUCCAUCUUCACUUGCUGCCAUGUGUCAGCAGGGCACUGUGAUUCUCAGCUGUGUCGGACCAUACAGGUUAUUUGGAGAGCCAGUUGUCAAGGCCUGUGUUGAAAAUGGAGCGCACUAUGUUGACAUUUGUGGUGAACCCCAGUUUUUGGAGGCAAUGCAACAGAAAUAUAACGACCAAGCUGCUGAACAGGGGGUGUACGUGGUUGGAAGCUGUGGGUUUGAUUCCAUUCCAGCAGAUAUGGGUGUACUCUAUACCAGGAACCAGCUGAAAGGUACCUUAAGUUCUAUUGAAAGCUUCCUGUUGUUCCAGUCUGGGCCUGAGGGUGGCUGUGGUCACGCUACAACUUGGCAGUCGGCAGUCUAUGGCUUUUCUGAUCGGGAUUCUCUGAGGAAACUGAGAAGACAGUUUGGACAUAAACCCCUUCCUUUUGUUGGGACCAAAAUAAGAUCAAGAGGUUCAGUAUUUUACAGUAAUGAAGUGAAUCAAUAUGCUGUUCCAUUCAUUGGAUCUGAUCCUGCUGUCGUCAAACGCACACAGCGUUAUCUGUAUGAGAACUUCGAUGAACAACCUGUCCAGUACGGGUCCUAUGUUGCUGUAGGUGGAAUUAGCUCAGUGGUGGCACUGAUGAUGGUUGGCUUCUUCUUCUGGUGCUUUACUAAAUUUAGUUUCGGAAGAAAACUUUUAAUCAAAUACCCAGAAUUUUUCUCAUUUGGAAUGUUUUCAAAGGAAGGACCAACUAUAAAACAGAUGGAAGGGACCACUUUCAGCAUGAGAUUUUAUGGUGUAGGUUAUGGCCCUGAUCAAGAUCCUCUGCAAUCAAAACCUAACGUCAAGAUUUUCACUGAAGUGAAAGGACCUGAACCAGGUUAUGUUACUACUCCAAAAGCUAUGGUGCAAGCAGCUGUCACAAUGCUAUGGGAGACCAAGUCUCUACCUGGUCGUGGUGGUGUAUUCUCACCUGGAGCUGCAUUCUCUAAGACCAGCCUGAUUGAAAGACUUAACAAACACAGCAUUGAAUUUUCUGUCAUCAGCCACUCUGAAGCAUAAUUGUAGCCCACCCACAUGGUCUUGCUAUUCUGCAUAUUACUGCUAUUACUAAAACACUUUAAGAAUGGUUAACAUGAUUUGCUCUGGGAGAUGCAGAGUAAAAUUACAUUGAUAAACUGGUUUAAAAUAAUUGUGUUUGUGUUCUCACCUAAGGAAAAUUAAAGUUGGAAAAAUAUCAUA